AAUAGGAAAAAUAGUUAGACGGAGAAGAGUUGUUGGUUUGCGUAGUUACACCACGUUUGUCUCGAUUAACACCUUUAUACGACAGCAUCUGUGCUGGUGUGACUGUGUGUUUGGGGAAAUUGAUCCGGGGGGAGGCAGGAAUACAAGCAAACAGGUGUCAUAUGAAGUGGGACAGUCGUUGGUCACGACUGCUAAAGACUCUGAACCCAAAUCAAUGGAGGACCCACCUGCAUCGAUGGAAGAGAAGGAGUUGGAGGGGAGUGUGACAAUCAUCCCUUCGUCAGAUCUUCAUCCUACCAUCCCUUCUUCAUCUCCUCUUGUCCAUACCUCUGCAAAACCUAAUAUCACAAGUGAGACCAUGAUGGACCCUACAGCUGGCUCGAGGGCAAAUAACAACUGCAGCCCUGCUCUCGCUUUGCGUGCUCAAGCCAGCCCAACCAAACAACAUAUCCCUUCUUCAUCCCCUCUUGUUCAAACCACUACAAUACCUUGUUUCCCAAGUGAGACAGUGAAGGUACCAAACGCUGUCUCAAUGGCUAAUAACGACUGCAGCGAAGCUCUCUCUUCUCCUGCUGAAGCCAAACCUGCUGAAACACCACCCGCUACCUUUGAUGGGACUAUUGGAACCAACCCAGAUGUCCCACAUAUCCCAUCUUCAUCCCCUCUUGUUCAAACCACUACAAUACCUUGCUUCCCAAGUGAGACAGUGAAGAUACCAAACGCUGUCUCCAUAGCGAAUAAUGACUACAGCCAAGCUCUCAAUUCUCCUACUGAAGCCAGCCCAGCCAAACCUGCUGUUACACCGCCCUCUACCUUUGAUGGGACUAUUGAAACCAGCCCAGAUACCUCAAAAAUCGCAUCAGCGUCUGACUCCCUGACAACCACAGGGACAAGCCUUAUAAACCUAUCAGAAGCGCCUUCACCGUCAUUGCCUGUUUUGCCACCUACCACAUUUGGCAAUAGAGACCAGCAGGAGGAUUUUCCUAAUGUUUUGACAUUCAAAGGAGUUAGCAUCACACUGGAGAAUAACAGUGUGUGGAAACAAUUUAACAGCUGUGGGACGGAGAUGAUUCUUACCAAACAGGGACGCCGCAUGUUUCCGUACUGCAGAUAUCGUCUGGCAGGUCUGGACCCUGAUCGGCUGUAUAGUCUGGUUUUGUCCAUAGUUCCUUCAGACCAGUACAGGUACCGAUGGAACCAGUUAAAAUGGGAAAUCAGUGGAGCUGCAGAGCAUCAGACACAGGGUCUGAUUCGGGCAUUUGCUCACCAUUACUCACCCGUUCGAGGAUCGGACUGGAUGGGCAGCUUGGUAUCUUUCUACAAACUCAAACUUACCAAUAAUCCUGAGGAUCACGAUGGGCAUAUAAUCUUACACUCCAUGCAGCGCUACAUUCCCAGGAUUCAUGUGAUUCCUGUCCCAGAUGGGGACGUAUUCACUCCAGACAAGCCUGUGGUUAUGGGACCAGAGAGCAUGACCUUCACCUUUCCACAAACUGAAUUCAUGGCGGUGACAACGUAUCAGAAUUUUCGCAUCACGCAGCUGAAAAUUAAUCAUAAUCCGUUUGCAAAAGGCUUCAGGGAAGACGGGAACAACCCUCGCCUACAGCGGGUCACAAAUGGGGCUCAUCCUGUCGUGAAGUUGGAUACUCAGUCUACUGUUUUAAUACCGGCUGAGAUUAAUGAAAACCAGGGGGCUGUGAAUCUCAGCACAAACCACGAAACCGUCCCUACUUCUGUCUCGUCUGAGCAAGAAACUCGACUUGUCCUGAAGCCGAUAAUGUCUUCCUUUGCUAAUAAGGAUGACCCGUAUGUCCCCUGUUUGAGAGGAAACCAUGCCCUUGGUGAGCUUGUGCUUGUUCAAAAACGUCCAACUGAGGAAGCCAAGGAAGAACCAGAUGCCACGAGUGUAACCCCAAAGAUACAGAAAGGCUUCAGAUUUACACCUAAAUCAUUAUCCAGGACUUCAAAGUUCAAAACCUCUACCCCGGCAUCAUCACUUGGGUACCACAAGCGGAGAAAGAGGAUCAACAGACGCUGGGCAAAUUCCCGGGGAAAACUGUGGAAAGCUACAGAUGCCUCCCCCACAGUCGUCCACAGCCCAUCAUUAACUGUCGCUAUGCAACCAGAGCUGGAUGAAGUAGAAGGCCUGCUGUUUGUAUCAUUUACCUCAAAGGAAGCUCUUGAGGUUCAUGUCGGGGACACGCCGGCCAAUAGCUCAUCUUUUUCCUUCCCAGAAUCCCAAACAAGAACUACAGAGUGGAACCAAACAGUGGAGGAGAUUGAAGAGGCCGAGGAGGAGAAGAUAGCACGCUUGGAGGCCGCCCUGCUGCAGAACCUCAGAGUCUUCAAACACAGACAGGUCAUCCAUCCUGUGCUGCAGGAGGUGGGCUUGAAGUUGUCCUCUCUCGACCCAAACAAGUCUGUCGACCUGAAGUACCUGGGGGUUCUCCUGCCGCUGCCUCCCCCAAACCUACCAAGACAAGACAAUACUACAGCUUCUGGUGAAGGGUUACCCUUCAUCUCACGCACUGGAAAGACAAAUGACAUGACGAAAAUAAAGGGAUGGAGAAACAAGUUCAUAAAAAAAAAAGACUCAUCACCCUCUAACGCUGAUGGAUCACAAAAAAACCUAUCUGCCUUCUGCAGCAACAUGUUGGAUGAGUACUUGGAGAGUGAAGCUCAGUAUAUAAGUGAGCGUGCUGCUGCCUUCUCCACAAACCCCGAGGGCCUGGUGUCCUAUCAGCUGCCUGCCAAGAGCUCCAGCUACGUGAAGACCCUGGACAGCGUACUCAAGCAUCGAAGCGUUACUUUACCUGGGGUGGGCAACAGACCCUGCCCGCUUUCCCACAAACGCGUCCACGACUCUGGUGGGACCGCCGAAGUUCAGGAGUCGACAGCCGAGAUUACAACAAAGAAUACUUCUGGGUCAAGUCAGAGAUUGUCUACAUACCUCCCUGGGGUGAGCCAGAGGCCGGUGAUGAGCUUUGGGCAGAACCAGGGGAUGACUCAUAAACCUCCAGGCUUUACUAAGUCCCAGUUCAACCUGCUGCAGAUGGAGCUCGGAGCCAUGAAUGAGGGUCUGCACAGAACACAGCUGACUCAAGACAGGCUGUCAGUGGCUCUGUCUGUUAUACUGACCAAACAGAUGCAGCCUAGCCAGCUCUUGAAGAUGGCUCAGUAUCCAAAUCCAAAUGCUGAGGGACCUGAAUGUGGUCAGGACUUCUGCAUACUGGGCUGUGUGUGUUCCAGUCUGCAGAUUCCCAACAGAGGUCCCCUCCACUGCCAGCGGCCUGACUGCAUGUUUGGCUGCGUCUGCUUCAAACGCAAGAUCACAAAGCAGACGACCACGGGGGAGAGUGAAGUACAGAACGAAGCUGUUUACUCUUUGACUAAUAUGGAUCAUGUGGUCCAGUCUUGCCCGGGCUCCCAUGCUAAAAAACUGUGGAAGUCUGACAUUCGUGACAAGGAUACAGAUCCACUCUCUGCCCCCAAAAUGGCUCCUCUGUGGACAGCACCAGCUAAGGCCCCAAAACGCAGCUUUGUUCCUUGUCCAAUACAACUGAUCAAAGAGGAGGAUAAGAGUCCAGUGUAUAAAUACUUUGAGAGCAUGAUGACCUGUGCACGUGUAAGAGGGUACAGAAGCAAGACACCCCCUGAAGUCACAGAGCCUCGGAUCCCCGAUCCUGAAACACCGAACCCCACGGAAGAACCACAGGACACGAGCUCAGAAGAAACAACUUCUCAUGGAUCAACAGUCAGGGAGGCAGGAGUGAAAAAGAAAAUCGAGAUCCAGUCAGUGUGUCAGUGGGACAAGGACCGCAAAAUGAUCCUUGAAACUUUGCAUGGACGCCUGAUGCAGAAUCGUCUGUCUCGUCGCUUCUAUAUCGGACCUUACCGCAUCCACCCGCUCGCCAAGAUUUCCAUACGGAAGCCAAGCGGCUCAGUUGUCACAUACAGGGUGAAGAUCAGUAAACCAUCAAAAGCCAGUGAUAAUGAAGAUGAAUCUGAUGACAGUGAUGAGGACAAUCAUGUCAACAAAAGCCUUUUUGAAAACACUGAUGCAGAGCUGGAAAACAGCCAAGUUGAAAAGCCAGAGAUGCACUUUGGAGUCACACCAUUUCUCAGUGGAGUGACACCCGCCGGCAGACUGAGAGCCAGGACCAAAUCUGUUGGAUCUCAAGCCAACGGACUCAUACAGGUAAACGGCAAAUCCUACAAUCAGGCCAGACUGCUGCUGGGGAACAUGGGAUCUCUCCAUCCAGCCAACCGCCUUGCAGCGUACGUCACAGGCCGCCUGAAAGCCCCUGCAGACAUUCAUCUUAAAACCUCAGAGGAAUCAGAACCUACAAACAAAACCAGCACUCUUGGUGGCCUGCACAUAAAGGCAGCAGGCGCAGUAGUCCCUCCUAUUAUCAACGCACGGAAAACCACUGAUCUGAAGACUCCGGCACAGCCAACAGCUAAACUUUUCCAGCCAGACUUGUGGAGAAAAGGAUCCGUCACCUUGCCACAGAAUUCACUAAACCCCUCUUCCAUCAACCCUGUCAAGUCUUUCAUCAAAAGCCAGCUCAGCUCACUGAACCCGCUCCAGAGCAGCUCCGUGUCCCAGCCUGUCUCUCUCACUGUCUCACCCGCACUGAAAACCCCAAGCUUUUUGGGACAGAGCGGGACAUAUUCAUUCAGGAUCUGCCCCCCAGCUAACCAGGGCACCGCAGGCAAGAACCUACCAGGUGUCUCCCUGCCUGGGGGCUUCACCCUCAUUCAGCUCCCCAAGCCUGGAGGUAAAGAAGCUGUACAGCACUCUCAAUCUGUGAACACUACAAACAUGACUGCUGUGGGUAGAGCACCGCCACAAAAGCCUGCUUUGUUUAACUCUGGACACUCUGCACCUAAUCUGGAUACAAAAUGGCUUGAAUUUGACAUCUUUGCCCGAGCUAAGGAGCUGUCGGACAUCCGAUCAGCACAGCCUGGAGCCUUCACUAAACAGAUGUUUGACGAGAAGAUGCGAUCAGUUAGGAAUGAAAGAUUCAGUGCAAGAAAGGGAGAUUUUAAGGGCAACACUUCUGAGGACUUAAGCUCCGACUUCUCCGACUACGAUGGAGAGAUUGACGAGGAUGACGAGCUUGUGGACAUUGAGACUGUGGAAGAAGUAGGACAAGGAAUGGCCAUCGCCAAAAUGAAAGAAGCUGUGCGCAUGGCGUUACAGGACUCACGAGAUACGAGUGCCAUUGGAUUAAUCAGCAAACUGGCCAUGACUCAAUUGGAGGAACAAAUUGACGAGGGGUCGAAGGAUAUAAAGAGGCGGACAUCCCACACGGUGCUAGAGAGGCAAAGACGAUCUGAGAUGCGGGAUCUCUACGACAAACUGCAGACUGUACUUAAGAGUGACCCCAAAGCCCCCAGGCUCCGCCUCCUCUCACUGGCUGUAAAUGAAAUCCAAAAUCUGGUUGAGACAUCCAAAAGUCUGGAGGAGCAGAAGAUGAGGCAGGAGUCGAUGCAGUCCUUCUAUUUGAAGAAGCUCUCCACUUUGUCGGGGAAGCCGGAUGAGCAGAUAAAACACAAGCUGAAACAGAUCUUCGAGAAGCAGAAAAUCAGAGAGACGAACUCAAAAUGGAAGCCAUUCUUUUCCAAUCUCCUCCAGUCCAGAGCCGCUUUACUAGAAGCCACUUCACCUGAGUCCAAGCUGCAGCCCCCGACGCUGUCUGACUUCUUCACGGACAAGUCUCAUCUUCACCCUCUCGUUGCUGCAGCACUUGAGACUGUGCAAAAGAAGCCCACACCCAAGCCAAAUUUCGGGCCUCUAGCAGUGUUUUCUGAAGCCAUGCUCAAUUUUAAUGCAACCCCACCACAGGCAAAGACGCAGCCAGGGGACCCUAAGGACCCAGAAGAUGAACAGCCUCAUGAGAAGGAGACAGUGGGACAGCAGGAGACAGCUGACAAUACUCUAAAACCCCAGACAAAGCUCCAGCAACCAAUAUUUGUAACUACACCUCAGGUCACUAAAGCAGCUACACCUCAGGACACAGAAGGCCAGGCUGGAGCCCCACCUGUUUCCUCUUCCAACAAUUCCAAGAAGCCUGGGGAUCCUCAAAAACCUGUGCCACUUCCUCUAAUCCGCUCCAAGACCGGCAGAAUCAUUCUACCUGCCUCUCUCAAACCACUUGGUCAAGGGUACUACACACUGAUGAUCAUGAAGCCAAAGGAGGAUGGAGCAGGGGGUGGGCCCUCAGAUCUGGACCCAUCCAAAAGCAAAGACAAGAACCCUUCUGAGUACAACCAACUUCCAACUUUAGAAAACAUUCCAAUGUUAAGAAAAUGUGUCCCAACCACUAAACCUCAACCAAAGCCUCAAGUUGUACCUACACCCGAGGGUGACCAUGUCGUCCUCAACAAACAAAUCAUUGUGCCUUUAGUGGAUCUGAAAACAGUCAAGGAGAGGCGCACUGAAGCGGGUGAAUUGAAAACACACGGAGCUGCCCGUCUGACUUUCGAGCAUGUACGUCAGGUUCCUACGUACAUGGUCGAGCCAAAGCCUGAUCGUGAUCCUCCUGUAGCCCGCCGGCGCAGAGGAAGACCUCGAAAGCACCCUCUUCCUCUUGUCGGUGAAAACGCACAACAUGCUGUGACUUGUGAAAGUGAAAGUGAGACAUCAAUACUGAUAGCAGAUGUCAAACCCGAGAAAGAGACUGUGGAGGUGACAAAGACACAAUCGGAGGACUACUCUCCACCAAUCAAACGAGGCAGAGGGAGACCUCGCAGGGAUAAAAAGAAGGAACAAUUCUUACAGAUGUGGAGACCUCCACCUAAUCUAACAAGAAAGACUCGCCCGAAAUCAGAGGAGGACAGUCCUGACAGGUUUUCGGGCACUUUCCAAAGCCCAGAUGCUAAAUGCAAGACGAAAGAAAGCCCUUCUCCGGGACAUAGAAGCACAUCCAGGCCUCUAACUCGAGGUGCUCUAGGAAAGGACUUCCCCAGCGCCAAGAGGCGCUCAUGGAUAGACGUAGAGAAGGAACUGGAACCAGAACAGGAGUAGUGAAGUCCUUAAAUCUUCCUGUCAGUACUAAAGCCAAUGCACACAGUCGUCUGACCUCAGUCUAAGCGCUUGGUGCUGCUCUUUUCUGUGUGAUUACAAAACUCAGUGGAAUUCAUUGACCUGCUGAAUGUAUGAAUGAAAGUGAAUAAUACCUCCCGCGUUCAGUUUUGAUAAUGUUUUUCUAAAAGGCUUCUUUGACUAGAAUGGUUAAAGUCAUUUAUUACAUAUCAGUUUUACACAAAUGGAAAUAACACUGUGAGGAUUGUGUAAAUAAAACGUGGAAGAAAAUACGAGAUCAGAUGUCACACUGCUUCAUCAGCUGUGUGGAAUGUAAAUGUUAAUUUAUGUUUGUUUCCAUUUUUAUUGAGGAACUAGUUUGAUGCAUUAUUUGAAAAAUGUUCUUCAUUACUAACUCAGUGGAGAUCAUCUGUAGAAGCACUUUGUUUUUUUUUGUAGAAACAAUCCAUGAUGUAUUUGCUUUAAUCUGGGUGGUUAGCGGUAAUGAUCUGCUGUCUGGGGAGUUGAUUCAGUAAUGCGGUACUACAUAAACUCCUGAUGAUGUGUCACAAGCAAUCAAGAUGAAAGCUAUUAGCCAUAUAUUGUAUCUAUGAAAAUAACCUGUAAAUAUUGUAUUUCUUUUUCUUUUUUUUUUAUUCCAGUACAUGUAUUUUGUGGAUGAUUUUGAAACGCUGGUUGUCCUUGUGACUCCAGUUACAUUUAAAAUGUGGGAAAUCAAGUGGCCUUUAUUAUUAAUAAAAAAAUACUACAUGCA